AUGGCCCGGCUCCGGAGCUGGGGGCUGCUCUGCUUCGCCGUGCUCGCCCUGCCCGGCCCCCCAGGAGCCGGCGCCCAAGACGAUGUCUCCCCGUACUUCAAGACGGAGCCGGUGCGGAGCCAGGUGCACCUGGAGGGGAACCGGCUGGUGCUCACCUGCAUGGCCGAGGGCAGCUGGCCCCUGGAGUUCAAGUGGCUGCACAACAGCCAGGAGCUCACCAAGUUCUCCCUGGAGUACAGGUACAUGAUCACCUCGCUGGACCGCACCCACGCCGGCUUCUACCGCUGCAUCGUCCGCAACCGCAUGGGAGCGCUGCUGCAGCGCCAGACCGAGGUGCAGGUGGCCUACAUGGGGAGCUUUGAGGACAGCGAGGCGCAGCAGAGCGUGUCCCACGGCGAGGCGGCCGUCAUCCCCGCGCCCCGCAUCGCCAGCUUCCCACAGCCCCAGGUCACCUGGUUCCGCGAUGGACGGAAGAUCUCCCCCAGCAGCCGCGUGGCCAUCACGCUGGAGAACACGCUGGUGAUCCUGUCCACGGUGGCGCCGGACGCGGGGCGUUACUACGUGCAGGCGGUCAAUGACAAGAACGGGGACAACAAGACAAGCCAGCCCAUCACCCUGACGGUGGCCAAUGUGGGUGGCCCGGCUGACCCCAUCGCACCCACCAUCAUUGUCCCUCCCAAGAACACCAGCGUGGUGGCCGGGACCUCGGAGGUGACCAUGGAGUGUGUGGCCAACGCCAGGCCACUGAUCAAGCUGCACAUCAUCUGGAAGAAGGACGGGGUGCCCGUGUCCAGCGGGAUCAGCGACUACAGCCGGCGGCUGACCAUCCUGCACCCCACCCUGAGCGACAGCGGCUUCUACGAGUGCCAGGCUGUGCUGCGCAGCAGCAGCGUCCCCGCCGUGACUGCUGGUGCCUUCCUGUCCGUGCUGGAGCCCCCUCAGUUCAUCAGGGAGCCGGAGAGGCACAUCACGGCCGAGAUGGAGAAGGUGGUGGCCAUCCCCUGCCAAGCCAAGGGUGUCCCCCCUCCCGAGAUGGCCUGGUACAAGGACGCUGCCCUCCUGCAGCUGGAGAAGCUGUCCCGUUUCCAGCUGCUGCAGGACGGCAGCCUGCAGAUCAGCGGGCUGCUCCCUGAUGACACCGGAAUGUUCCAGUGCUUCGCCCGCAACGCAGCCGGCGAGGUGCAGACCACCACGUACCUGGCCGUGACCAGCAUCGCCCCCAACAUCACGCGGGGUCCCCAGGACAGCACGGUGAUCGACGGCAUGGCCGUCAUCCUCAACUGCGAGACCUCGGGGGCGCCGCGCCCGGCCAUCACCUGGCAGAAAGGGGAGCGGGUCCUGGCCAGCGGCUCGGUGCAGCUGCCCCGUUUCACCCUGCUGGAGUCGGGCAGCCUCCUGGUGAGCCCCGCACACCUGCCCGACGCUGGCACCUACACCUGCCUGGCCACCAACUCCCGCGGCGUGGAUGAAGCCUCUGCCGACCUGGUGGUCUGGGCAAGGACACGGAUCACAGACCCGCCACAGGACCAGAGUGUCAUCAAGGGCACCAAGGCUGUCAUGAGCUGCGGGGUCACUCAUGACCCCAGUGUGGAUGUCAGGUACGUCUGGGAGAAGGAUGGGGCUCCACUGGGCCCUGAGAGCGGCCCCCGGGUGCGCCUGGACGAGGUGGGCACCCUGCACAUCUCCCAGACCUGGUCGGGUGACAUCGGCACCUACACCUGCAAGGUGAUCUCGGCCGGGGGCAACGACUCUCGCAGCGCCCACCUCCGUGUCCGGCAGCUCCCCCACGCCCCCGAGAGCCCGGUGGCCGCCCUGAGCCCGCAGGAGAAACGGGCCAUCAACCUCACCUGGGCCAAGCCCUUCGACGGCAACAGCCCCCUGCUCCGCUACGUCGUGGAGGUCUCCGAGAACAACGCGCCCUGGACUGUGCUGCUGGCCAGCGUGGACCCCGAGGUGACAUCGGUGACAGUGCGGGGCUUGGUGCCCGCUCGCUCCUACCAGUUCCGCCUGUGUGCUGUGAACGACGUGGGCAGGGGACAGUUCAGCAAGGACACGGAGAGGGUGUCCCUGCCCGAGGAGCCGCCCUCUGCGCCCCCCCAGAACGUCAUCGCCAGCGGCCGCACCAACCAGUCCAUCAUGAUCCAGUGGCAGCCGCCCCCUGAGAGCCACCAGAACGGGGUCCUCAAGGGCUACAUCAUCCGGUACUGCCUGGCCGGGCUGCCCGUGGGGUACCAGUUCAAGAACAUCACCAACGCCGAGGUCAACAACCUCCUCCUGGAGGACCUCAUCAUCUGGACCAACUACGAGAUCGAGGUGGCCGCCUACAACAGCGCUGGCCUGGGGGUCUACAGCAUGAAGGUGACAGAGUGGACGCUGCAGGGAGUGCCCACGGUGCCUCCCGGGAAUGUGCAGGCUGAGGCCACCAACUCCACCACCAUCCGCUUCACCUGGAACCCCCCAAGUCCCCAGUUCAUCAACGGCAUCAACCAGGGCUACAAGCUCAUCGCCUGGGAGCCGGAGCACGAGGACGAGGCCACGGUGGUGACGGUGCGGCCCAACUUCCAGGACAGCGUGCACGUGGGCUACGUGCCGGGGCUGCGCAAGUUCGCCGAGUACCUGACCUCGGUGCUGUGCUUCACUACGCCCGGGGACGGCCCGCGCAGCCCCCCUCAGCUGGUGCGCACCCACGAGGACGUGCCUGGCCCCGUGGGACACCUGAGCUUCAGUGACAUCCUGGAUACGUCCCUGAAGGUCAGCUGGCAGGAGCCGCUGGAGAAGAAUGGGAUCCUGACGGGGUACCGGAUCUCCUGGGAGGAGUACAACCGCACCAACACGCGGGUGACGCACUACCUGCCCAACGUCACCCUGGAGUACCGCGUCACCGGCCUCACCGCCCUCACCACCUACACCAUCGAGGUGGCCGCCAUGACCUCCAAGGGACAGGGACAGCUCUCCUCCUCCACCAUCUCCUCAGGGGUCCCCCCAGAGCUCCCCGGUGCCCCCACCAACCUGGGCAUCUCCAACAUCGGCCCCCGCUCCGUCACCAUCCAGUUUCGCCCGGGUUACGAUGGUAAAACCUCCAUCUCCCGCUGGCAGGUGGAGGCACAGGUGGGCCAGAACGGCGAGGCCGGUGAGUGGGGGCUCGUGCACCAGCUGGCCAACGAGCCCGACACCCGCUCCAUGGAGGUGCCCAACCUGAAGCCCUACACCUACUACAGCUUCCGCAUGCGGCAGGUGAACAUCGUGGGCACCAGCCCCCCCAGCCUGCCCUCCAGGAGGAUCCAGACCCUCCAGGCCCCCCCGGACAUGGCCCCUGCCAACGUCACCCUGAGGACGGCCAGUGAGACCAGCCUGUGGCUGCGCUGGAUGCCCCUCCUGGAGCAGGAGUACAACGGGAGCCCUGACUCGGUGGGCUACAGGAUCCGGUAUGCGCGGGCGGACGGGCGGGGGCAGCCGGCGCUGCAGCUGAUCCGUGACCGCGUGGAGAGGGAAUUCACCAUCGAGGACCUGCAGGAGUGGACCGAGUACCGGGUGCAGGUCCAGGCCUUCAACGCCAUCGGCCCCGGGCCCUGGAGCCCCCCGGUGCUGGGGCGCACCCGGGAGUCAGUGCCCUCCUCUGGCCCCAGCAAUGUGUCAGCAGUGGCCACCUCCUCCAGCAGCCUGCUGGUCCGAUGGAGUGACAUUUCUGAGGCUGACUGCAACGGGCUCAUCCUGGGCUACAAGGUGCUGUACAAGGAGAAGGGUUCGGAGGCACGUGCCCGCUUCUGGCUGGCAGAGGGUAAUGCCUCCCACAGUGCCCAGCUCACCGGGCUGGCCAAGUACACCCUGUACGAGAUCCGGGUGCUGGCCUUCACCAGGAUGGGCGAUGGUGUCCCCAGCCGGCCUCCUGUCCUCGAGAGGACACUGGAUGAUGUGCCCGGGCCCCCUGUGGGGCUCCUCUUUCCUGAAGUGAGGACCACCUUGGUGAGGCUCAUCUGGCAGCCCCCGGCAGCCCCCAACGGUGUCAUCCUGGCCUACCAGGUCAGCCACCGCCUGAACACCUCGGCGGUGACCGCGGCCGCCGUGGAGGUGCUGGAUGCCAGCGCCCGGCAGUUCACGGCCACCGGCCUGCAGCCCGAGGCCACCUAUCUGUUCCGUGUCACCGCGCAGAGCCGCAAGGGCUGGGGCGAGCCGGCCGAAGCGCUGGUGGUCACCACCGAGAAGAGAGCCCGGCCGCAGCCCCCCGGGAAGCCGCUGGCGCAGCAGGAGGAGGUGCGGGCGCGGAGCGUGCUGCUGUCCUGGGAGCCGGGCAGCGAUGGGCUCUCCCCCGUGCGCUACUACACCGUGCAGAGCCGCGAGCUGCCCGACGGAGAAUGGGCCCUGCACUCCUCCCCCGUCAGCCACAACGCCACCGCCUUCGUCGUGGACAGGCUGAAACCCUUCACCUCCUACAAGUUCCGUGUGAAGGCCACGAAUGACAUCGGGGACAGCGAGUACAGCGAGGAGUCAGAGUCCCUGACCACCCUGCAGGCAGCCCCCGAGGAGGCUCCCACCAUCCUCUCCAUCACUCCCCACACCACCACGUCGGUGCUCAUCCGCUGGCAGCCCCCGGCUGAGGACAAGAUCAACGGGAUCCUGCUGGGCUUCCGGCUGCGCUACCGGGAGCUGCUGCACGACAGCCUGAGGGGCUUCUCCCUGCGCGGCCUCGGCCACCCCGGCGCCACCCGUGAGUGCCCCCAGGACAGGGGCUGGGGUGGCCUGGGGGUGGCAGCUGUCUAUGCCGUGCACAACCUGAGCGAGGUGUCCCUCACCCAGUACGAGCUGGACAACCUGAGCAAGCACCGGCGCUAUGAGAUCCGGAUGAGCGUCUACAACGCCGUGGGCGAGGGACCCCCCAGUCCCCCCCAGGAGGUGUUUGUGGGGGAAGCAGUGCCCACCGCAGCGCCCCGGAACGUGGCCGUGCAGGCGGUGACGGCCACGCAGCUGGAUGUCACCUGGGAGCCGCCCCCCGUGGAGAGCCAGAACGGCGACAUCCAGGGCUACAAGAUCCACUUCUGGGAGGAGCAGCGGCAGAACCAGAGCACGAGGGUCAAGACCCUUUUCCUGCCUGAGACUGGCGUGAAGCUGAAGAACCUGACGGGCUACACCUACUACUGGGUCAGCGUGGCCGCCUUCAACGCGGCAGGGGACGGGCCCCGCAGCGUCCCCGUGAAGGCACGGACACAGCAGGCAGCCCCCAGCGCUCCCGGCUCCAUCCGCUUCAGCGAGCUGACCACCACCUCGGUGAACGUGUCCUGGGAGCCACCUCCGCUGCCCAACGGCGUCCUCGAGGGCUACAGGCUGGUCUACGAGCCCUGCACGCCCGUGGAUGGUGUCAGCAAGAUCGUGACGGUGGAUGUGAAGGGGAGCAGCCCGCUGUGGAUGAAGGUCAAGGACCUGGCUGAGGGUGUCACCUACCGCUUCCGAAUCCGGGCCAGAACCUUCGCCUACGGGCCGGACGUCGAGGCCAACAUCACCACGGGGCCCGGGGAAGGUGCCCCCGGCCCCCCUGGAGAGCCCUUCAUCUCCCGCUAUGGCUCGGCCAUCACCAUCCACUGGUCCAGUGGGGACCCUGGCCAAGGUCCCAUCACCAGAUACGUCAUCGAGGCCCGGCCCUCAGAUGAGGGGCUCUGGGACAUCCUCAUCAAAGACAUCCCCAAGGAGGUGACCUCCUACACCUUCAGCAUGGACAUCCUCAAGCAGGGGGUCAGCUACGACUUCCGGGUCAUUGCUGUGAAUGACUACGGCUACGGCACCCCCAGCACCCCUUCCCCCUCCGUGUCAGCCCAGAAAACCAACCCCUUCUAUGAGGAGUGGUGGUUCCUGGUGGUCAUUGCCCUGGUGGGGCUCAUCUUCAUCCUCCUCCUCGUCUUCGUGCUCAUCAUCCGCGGGCAGAGCAAGAAAUACUCCAAGAAGUCGGACUCAGGGAACAGCUCCAAGGCGGCCGCCCUGAGCCACGGCGAGAUGGUGAGCCUGGAUGAGGGCAGCUUCCCCGCCCUGGAGCUCAACAACCGCCGCCUGUCGGUCAAGAAUUCCUUCUGCAGGAAGAACGGCAUCUACACCCGGUCCCCGCCCCGGCCCAGCCCCGGCAGCCUGCACUACUCGGACGAGGACGUGACCAAGUACAACGACCUGAUCCCCGCCGAGAGCAGCAGCCUGACCGAGAAACCCUCCGAGGUCUCCGACUCCCAGGGCAGCGACAGCGAGUACGAGGUGGACCCCGGGCACCAGAAGGCGCAUUCCUUUGUCAACCACUACAUCAGCGACCCCACCUACUACAACUCCUGGCGGCGGCAGCAGAAGGGCAUCUCCCGUGCUCAGGCUUACAGCUACACCGAGAGCGACUCGGGCGAGCCUGAGCACACCCCACUGUCCAACAGCGCCUCCACGCAGCAGGGCAGCCUGUUCCGGCCCAAAGCCAGCAGGACUCCCACCCCCCAGACCCCUGGUAACGCCCCCAGCAGCCAGCCCGGGACCCUGUACCGCCCGCCCAGCAGCCUGGCCCCCGGCUCCAGAGCCCCCAUCGCUGGCUUCUCCUCUUUCGUUUGAUGUUGCGGCAGAAGAAAAAGAAGGAAAAAACAAAACAACACAACAACAAAGAAACGAAACAGGAGGGGGAGGGGAAAAUUAGGAAAAAAAGAAAAAAAAAAAAAGAAA